GUUAAAAACGAAGUGAAACCGAUACGUUAGCCUGCAGCCCCCCCACCGUCCCCCUCACCCGGCAAACCGAGAAGUUACCAGAGCCAACCGGCGUCUUCUUGACACCCGGCACGCAGCCCAGUCCGUACCGACCGAGGACCGACCUCGUGUCUCUCCAGCCUUUGCAGGACCACGUCGGAGCUCGGGGCUUGACAUCGAAUGUUCGCCGGUUGAAGCGGCUUAAAAUCGGCGACGGCGGCGAUUUUUCGCUUUCAACCCAAACUGCGUGGUUCCUACGAGCGCGAGGAUUGUUCCGCGCCGCGUUCCGUCCACCGGACCCAACGGCCGGCCGUUUUAAUAUCCAGAAAUGCCUCAGAAGCAGAAGCCCAAGUCAUGGACGGAACUGAAGCAAGCAGGAAAUGAAUGUUUCAAGACGGGCCAAUAUGGAGACGCCACCGGUCUUUACACUCAGGCCAUCAAGGAGCUGGAGAAGUCCAGUAAAAAGAACCCCGAAGAUUUAGCCGUUCUGUACUCGAACCGGGCCGCCAGCUACCUGAAGGACGGCAACUGUGCAGAAUGUGUGAAGGACUGCGACACGUCCCUGGAGCUGUUCCCCUUCAUGGUGAAGUCGCUGCUGCGCCGCGCCGCUGCCUACGAGGCUCUGGAGCGCUACAGACACGCUUACAUCGACUAUAAAACCGCUCUGCAGAUCGACUGCAACAUAGCGGCAGCUCACGACGGCACCAACAGAAUGACAAAAGCGCUGACGGAGGCAGACGGUCCGUCGUGGAGAGAAAAGCUUCCUCCCAUCCCCACGGUGCCUCUGUCGGUGCGGGAAAGGCUGGCCCAGCAGGCUGCCGGCGGCUCUCCACAGCCCAACCCCGCUGCCGCGCUGCAGAACGGCAUCAAGAGAGCAGACAAACCUGCUGUAAGUGACAAAGACACAAAGAAAGCCCAGGCUCUGAAAGAGGAAGGCAACGGUCUGGUGAAGAAGGGAGAGUUUAAGAAGGCCAUAGAGAAGUACACCCAGAGCCUCAAACACAACCCCGGCGAGGUCACCACCUACACCAACCGGGCGCUGUGCUACCUGUCGGUGAAGCAGUACAGAGAGGCCGUCAGGGACUGCAGCGAGGCUCUCAGGAUGGACGGCGGCAACGUGAAGGCUCUCUACAGGAGGGCGCAGGCUCACAAGGAGCUCAAGGACACCAAGGCCUGUGUGGAGGAUCUGAACAGCCUCCUGAAAGUGGAGCCAAAGAACACGGCGGCUCUGAAGCUGCUGCAGGAGGCGCAGAAGAAAAAGUAGAAGUGGACGAGGGACUGCGCAGCCAGCCGGCGACACGAUUCAAUCCGCUCCAAUCACGUUUGACCCGUUUACUCCUGUCUGAACAAACAGGACUUCAGCCUCGGCAAAAAAAAGCAGCUCCGCUUGAGAAGGCGUUCCGUGGAUAAUGAGGCGUUCGCAGUUUGAUUGUAACGUAAAAGUCACUUCCACUCAGUAUUUAUGUUUAUUUAUGUAAGCUGCCAUUAUUCACAGCUUUUCUCAGAACUGUUUUAUUAUCGUUUGGGAUAAAGUUCAGCCCAGAGCUCACAGAGGGAGUACCAGUAUGCAAUCCACUGCACCGCGUGACGGGUCUGGGGCAUUUAUUGGAUAAAAAAUGAGACGAAGAAAAGAACUUAGUUAAGCUGUGCGUCUGUUUUUAAAACCUACAGUUCCCACAACAUCCGUUCAUUUAGCAGCUAAUGUUAAACAUCUGACCCCCGGUGGUCGAAUCCUUUCUCAGUCGUUUUAUUCAACUGAAAUAAUUCCAAAACCUGUUAAUUUUAAGACCGGAGAGGUCCAAAACCCCCAUAACUAGAAUGUUAGCUUCUUCAGACCAGGGAAUAUUCCCUCCUGUGUUCAGAGCUGUCCAGAUCAGGCUGCUGGUACCAGGCCUGGGUGGAACCUGUUGAAUUAAACGCCAUUUUAGGCACUGUGCUCAAAAUGCUACAUUCGGUAUCUGACUUUAUGCAUUUAUGUCUCGUGCAUUAUGAGUAAACCUCUCCAACGCUCCAAAAACCUAGAUUAGCUGGUGAGCAUACGGUCACUAAGAGCUUUAAGCUUUCAGACAUCAGGAUGCUCAUCGGUUACACGUCACCGAAGAGUUGAUCGCGUUCAUGUUGACGAAGCUUUGACCGCUACGGAGUAAAGAGAAUCGCGAUUAGCCUCAGAACGGCUGCAGUGGUCGUCAAACAUGUUUCAGAGCUACUGGAGGCUGUCGAGUUCACAGAUUUUCCCCAAAGACGACUAAACGUUUGAAACUGUAAACAGAGAUCCUGGCCAGGCUUUAGGUCGGCCAGAAAAGCCGAUGGAUGCCCUUGACUGGAGACGUCUGAGGAUUGACUGACCUGAAAACGAAGCAGAUUACCUGUGAUGAUCAUGAAUGUCCGUCCGGGACAUCACGAAGGAACUUUUUUCACCUUUUUACUCUGAGCUGAUUGUCUUCUGAGGUUUCAAUUGUCCAGUUUUGGUGUUCAACCUCGUACUGCGGGAGGAUGCUGACCUUUCAGCUUUUAAGUUCAAGAAUUAAAGUUAAUUUACUUCUUCUUUUUUUCAUGUUAGGUUUGUUUAACAGGACAACUUUGUUCUAAACGAUGCUACUGUAUUUGAGAAUUUGCUUGUACAGGAUGGGUUCGCUGCGCCUCUGAAGCUCUGAUGCAUAAAGCAGUUAGUCUGUUGUCGGGCCGUCUAAAUAAAAUACUGUCUCCUCGUUCCAUUUUUGGUUUAGUUUGUUUCCACUGCGUUUUAGGACAUUUUAAAUUGUUGGUCCAGUUUUAGCUUAACCUCUCCAUCUUGCCUGAAGUGCCUGCCUUUGUCCAUCUGCUGCUUUGGAUUAGUGUAUGCAAAAUAAAAUCUAAACAUAAAAAA